AUGGACACGGUACUUGUGUCUGCGUCCCUGAUUGGACUCGCUCUUUUCCUGCUCUCCUUCCCCGAACACGCUUCCCUGAACAGAGUGUUUGACAACACUUCAGGACCUCUUUAUCUGGGGUCAGCAUAUGUUGACGAGGCUCUUCAGCGGGCGAUUGAGCUGACUGACGCUGCUUAUGCUCACACAAGUGAAAGGGGGAAGAAGUCUCUCUCUGAAGGUGCACUGAGACCCAGUGACCUUCUGGCCCAGUUCAAACAGAUUGAAGCCAAAACCAGGACUCAGAUCCGGGCAGCUGAACUGUUGGAUAACACGGUGGAGCUGAUCAGGGAGAUGGUCUACACCAACACUAUGGUGCAGCCCAAUCCUUACGAGCUGCUGAGUGAUGAGGACGUGGGGAACCUGCUGCAGAUGACGGGCUGCUCCGCUGAGCUGCACACUCUCAGCUGUCACACAGACUGUGUGUCCCAGCGCUACAGGUCCAUCACAGGAGACUGCAACAACAGACAACAUCCAAGAUGGGGGUCUGCGAACAUCCCGUAUUCCCGCUGGUUGGCUCCAGAAUACGAGGAUGUGUGGGGGAUGCCCAGAGGAUGGGGGCCCAACCACACCUACCACAAUGUCAGCCUGCCCCCGGUGAGGCUGGUGACACAGGAAGUGCUGUUCACUCACAAUGACAACAUCUCUGUGGACUCCACGCUGUCCCACCUGCUGGUGGACUGGGGUCAGUGGAUAGACCACGACAUGGUGCUGACCCCCCAGAGCCCGAGCACAGCCGCCUUUAAGACCGGGGCUGACUGCAGCCACACCUGCAUCAGGGACACGCCCUGCUUCCCUAUCCAGAUCCCCCCGUCUGACCCCCGUAACGGCCUGCAGAGUUGCAUGCCCUUCUUCCGCUCUGCUCCCAGCUGCGGCUCCAGGGUUCGGCCUGGACGCCACCGGGAGCAGCUGAACGCCAUCACCUCCUUUGUGGACGCCAGCAUGGUUUACGGGAGCUCCGAGGGCCUGGCCUCUGCUCUCAGGAACCUCUCCUCUCCUGUGGGCGCCAUGGCGGUCAACUCGCAGCACUCUGACAGCCAGCUGGCGCACAUGCCGUUCCUCCCCCGCGUGCAGGCGCACCUGGACCCCUGCGGCCCGCGUAACUCCACCCGCUCAGCCGCCCCGGGCGGGGCUGCACGCCGGGAGAACACCACCUCCUGCUUUCACGCUGGUGAUUCCAGAGCCAACGAACAUCUGGGACUGAUCGCGCUGCACACACUCUUUCUGAGAGAGCACAACCGCCUGGUCAAAGAGCUGUACCUCCUCAACCCUCACUGGAGCCCCGACACGCUCUAUCAGGAGGCCCGCAAGCUCAUAGGAGCCAUUCACCAGAUCCUCACCUGGGAGCACUACCUGCCGCGGGUCCUCGGUGAGAGCGCCAUGUCUGGUCAGAUGCCUCCCUACCAGGGCUACGAUCCCCAAGUCGACCCCAGCAUCGCCAACGUGUUUGCGACAGCCGCUUUCCGCUUCGCUCACGUCACGGUGCAGCCAGUGGUCAGCCGCCUGGGGCCCGGGUACUCCCUCAGCCACCAGUACCCCCCGCUGGCUCUGCACCAUUCGCUGUUCGCCUCGUGGAGGGUCGUGCGGGAAGGAGGCAUUGACCCGGUGCUGCGCGGCCUGCUGCUGUCUCCUGCCAAGCUGCAGACUCCAGGUCAGAUGAUGGUGGAGGAGCUGACGGAGAGGCUAUUCCAGGCCCAGGGAGGGAUGCCUCUGGACCUGGGUGCCCUGAACCUCCAGAGGGGUCGGGACCACGGCCUGCCAGGCUACGGCUCGUGGCGAAGGUUCUGCAACCUCUCUGUUCCCAACACCAGCUCGGAACUAGCUGACAUUUUAGGCAGCUCCACUCUGGCCCACAAAUUCCAGCUCUUAUACGGGACUCCACACAACAUUGACGUGUGGGUGGGGGCCAUCUCAGAGCCCGCCCUCCCCGGGGGUCGAGUGGGACCGCUGCUGUCCUGCCUGCUGGCCAGACAGUUCAGAGCGCUGAGAGACGGGGACAGGUUUUGGUGGCAGAGGGAAGGGGUGUUCACCAGCGCUCAGAGGAGACAGCUGCACUCCGUCUCUCUGUCUCGCAUCAUAUGUGACAACAGUCACAUCACGCAGGUCCCUGCUGACCCGUUCUCUCGCACUGAGAGCCCAGCCGAUAUGCUGGCCUGUUCCCACCCGCUCAUCCCCCAACUCGACCUCAGGCCUUGGAAGGAACCAGACACAGAUCCCAGCUGUGGUCCAAUACCCAGGAUUCAAUCCGGUUACUCCCUGCUCUGCACCUCUGGGAUUCUGUAUCAGUGCCACUCUGGUUUCAAGCUGCUGGGCUCUGCGUCCGUCAGCUGUGAUCCCAGCAGCCAGCAGUGGAGCUCAGCACCGCCCACAUGUGAAGAUAUAAAUGAAUGUGAAGAAACGACUUCCCCCUGUCCACAACACCUGGAGUGUUUCAACACAGCCGGUUCCUUUAUUUGCUCAGAGGGCCGGCCGCUGUCGCCCGUCUCCAUCGCCACUGCAGUGAUGGUGGUGAUCGGCGGGGCAGCUGCGCUGGUGAUGAUCAUGAUCUGCUAUCGCAGAUAUUUCCCAAAAGCAGAAGAACUGAUCACUGCUGAAUGUUGCCAGGGCAACAGUUAG